AUGGACCUCAAACUCAUCCGCUGCCGGCGCAUCAAGGCGUUCCACCAAAUCUACCGCUACCAUCCAGGCCCUUUGGAAUGUAUGAGUGGAGAUGAGGCUGGUAUGGACGGAAAGUAUUACAAAACACAGGUAGAGUGGCGCUUGCAAGAGUUAGCCGACUUCCUAGCCCUACUUAGCGCCUGGUAUAUGGUCGCUACCUGGAUCAUGGCAAGUACUAUUCACCUGGAGAGCUUCCGCAUCCGCGGUAUCCUUCGAAUAGGGCUGACAUGGUCAUGCAAGCGGACGCUGCGUCUUUACAACUACCAAUCAAUUGUUGACCUGCGAUGGGUUGCGGUUAACUCCAUAGAACUUGUGUUCUGUGACUUCACGCUCACUGCUGUCCUGAUACGCCAGAACACUUGGCUAGUUCGAUUCCAGACAAUUUACGGAAAUUUUUAUCAUGUCACCUGCAGUCGUAGACGGUGUACUAGUGCAUUCUACAUCAGCAUUCUCAAACUUUCACUAUCUACUCUUCAACUCUGUUUCAAAACCCUCCUUUUGGAAAGGUUACUUGGCCACCGGUUCGAAAAGAGAAUUGUUCGAAGAAUGACCCUGCAAGAUCUAGCUUUGCAGACUAUAAGAGGUUCAUCCUGUCCAAGAUUUUUGCAUGAUCAAACGAUGCCUGCUCACCGUACCGACCGGCCCAAGAAACGAUUCCAUCCUUACCUUCGACGAGGCAAGUUCCUGCGAAAUCGGCCAGACCACGGGGUGCAACAACAAUUUCACGCUCUCGCUUUCUUUAUGUUUAUAGGACUGAUAUUGUCUUUAGAUGGCCCGGCUCUUCGUUUGACCACUCCCCGUUCUCUGGUUUACGCUCGAUUUCAAUGCAUCGAGAACGUUGGAACAUUCACAUCGCCCUUGCUGCUACCUGAACGCUAUAAGGCUCGACCCGCGCCGUCCUUCAUUGAUUCAAAGUUGUAG